UCCCACAAUGCACUGCGCAUCUGUCAUGGCUGCUCACUGAUACCACUUGCGCCACAUGGGUGGAAAUAAACAUUUUGUCUGAGACCGAGAAAACGCCGACUUAUCACAGCGCCACAGCGAGGAUUCGGAAGCGUCCCGAAAGAAGGCAGUAGCGCGGACUGGACGUGAGCAGGAGUCGGUGCUGAUCGUCGGUGCUGAUCGUCGGUGAUGCCGCUGGACGUGGAGAUCCCCGUCCUCCGGGGCUUUCUGACAGCCAGCGAGGAGACAUCGGGAUGGAAGCAGAGAGUUUACGGGACUGCAGAUGCAGGUUCUCUGCUGGAGUCCUUGAUGGAGGGAGACUUCGAGGCGGUUCUGCUGAGCCCCCAGGUGUUGGAUUUGCUUGGCGAGGAUGGCAAUUGCAACGAAGGGGAGGACAUUGAGGCCUACCUGGAGAGACGGGUCCUUCUGUACCUGACUGGUGGCACCAAUGAUGAUGACAAGACUAACAGGGAGCUGACAGUGAUGGCGCUGGCUGUAGCUUGCCUCCAAAUGUUUGCCCAAAGUAACUGGACCGGUCCUCCGGUGUCCACCCAUAUCAACGACCUGCUGCCCCCGGCCCUGCUCUCCUCCCAGCCCAAAACCCUGGUAGACGCUAUCCACUCCAGCCUGCUCCUGGAUGGGGAGUCGGUGUACACCCUGGUGGCUAACCCCCUCCUCCUCCUGCUGGCCGGCAUUAUUCUCACCAGGUGCUCCUCCAAGAUGGACAGCCUCGAGCUGCUGCCCUGGUGGACCCUUCGCUACAUCAACCUGCAUCAGCAAAUCCUGGAGGCUUUUUCUCCACAGCUCCUUAAAUUGGCCCAGAGCGCCAUGGAAAAAGUGCUGAAACGCCAGUCUGUUUUGUCGGAACAUGGAAACCUGGCUAUCCAGUUCCAUCUGGAGUGUGUCUACAUGAAUCUGACCUACUACGAGUAUCAGUCAGCCAAGGAGCACAUCAACAAGGCACAGGAGCUCUCAGGGCUGAAUAUCAACUUGACAGGUGCCCUUGGUAAACGGACCCGUUUCCAGCAGAACGACUUGGCUCAGCUCAUCCUUGAUGUCAAAACAAAGCCUGGACAGAUUGAUGGUGAGGCCAGUCCCAUGCCCACACCUCAGGACUGCCUACCAAAGGACUCCCUUCUGGGUGACGACACCAUGCUGGAAAGGAUCAACCUAGCGGAGCCAGAUGAGCACCAGAUGCCUGACCUCAGUGCCGAAGAGCAGGCCGUCAUCCUGGGCAUCUGCACUGACUUCCAGAAGAAUAACCCCGUCCACAGACUGACUGAAGAGCAACUUCUAGCCUUCACAAAUUGUAUCCUGUCCCAGCCCAAGUUCUGGGCGGUAGAAGUCACAGCGCUUUGCCUCAGGACCAAACUGGAAAAAGCACGGUCUCGUUGUGUUGAGAGAGCCAUGAUGCAAACUCAGGCUUUGGUCGACCACUUUGAAGACAAGAGCUGUCCCGUGACCGAGCGCCUCAAAAUCUUCUACUGCUGCCAAGCCCCACCCAGAUGGACUGUCCAGAAACAGCUGGCCAGCCUGCUGACGGACCUCGGCUGCAUCAGUUCAGCUCUUCUUAUGUAUGAAAAGCUGGAGCUCUGGGAGGACACUGUUAUCUGCUAUGAGAGGCUGGGCCAACAUGGCAAGGCCGAGGAUAUCGUUCGCAGGGAGUUGGAGAAGAAGGAGACGUCCAGUCUGUAUUGCCUUCUGGGAGACAUCUUGAAGGACCAUCAGUACUAUGAUCGUGCAUGGGAGCUGUCGGGCAAGCGCAGUGCCAGAGCCAUGCGAUCCAAAGCCCUGCUUCACCUCCGCAGCAAGGAGUUCCAGCAGUGUGCCGACUGCUUUGAGCAGUCACUGAAGAUUAACGGCAUGCAGCUUGGAGUGUGGUUUUCCCUCGGAUGUGCCUACUUUGCUCUGGAGGGCUAUGAGGGAGCUGCCAGGGCUUUCCAAAGGUGUGUAGGACUGGAGCCAGAUAACGCAGAAGCGUGGAGCAACCUCUCUACAGCGUACAUUCGCCUCAAGAAGAAAGACAAAGCCUUUCGUACGCUGAAGGAAUCCCUGAAGUGUAACUACGAACACUGGCAGAUCUGGGAGAACUUCAUCGCUGUGUGCAUUGACAUUGGGGAUUUUGCAGAAGGCAUCAAAGCCUACCACCGUUUGAUGGAACUCAGGGAAAACUACAAGGACAUCCAAAUCCUACAGAUAUUGGUAAGAGCAGUAGUUGAGAAUCUGACAGACAACCAAGGGGUAGAGGCAGCAACAUACCAGCCCAAACUGAAGGAGCUCCUGGGUCGGGUCACUUCCCGCCAUAGCCAGGAUGCUGAGAUAUGGAGGCAGUAUGCUCUAGUGUAUGGCAACGGCCAUAGCUCAAAACCAGAGGACAACGAAAAGGCUCUGCAGUUCUUGUCCAAGGCUCAUCGCUGUGAGGUUCAGGCUGGUGGUUGGGAGAAAGAUCCUUGUCUCUUCAAGGAGGUGAUGAAAAGAGCCAUUGACAUGGGAGAAGUGACCAUCAGCUGCAGUAAGAUGAAGACGAUUCCAACAGAAGCUCUUCCGAUGCUCUCCUCAACCCGUCUGAGCCUGCGGAGUUUGGCCACCAAAGCUAAGCAAAUGCACACAGAUGUGGCCACAGGUCAGAUCCACGGCGAUUUGCAGGAUGACGUUGCUGCUCUGGAGCGACUCAUCGCAGUGCUGCAGGACCUGAGUGGGAAGCUGCGUGACCAAUCACAGUGACCAUCCUACAGACACACCCCCUCCUUUCUCCUGCGGAAACACAGCUGUCGCUCCGAAUCCUCAACCUAAAGAAUUUUUGAAGUCCUUUAAAUCAGAAUCUAGGAUGUAAAGACGAAGGACUCACUCGGUUAAUCAAGAUGUUUUUGUACCUCUAUGUCCACAUUGGAAAGGAAACAAUGACUGUAAGCCAUUAAACAGUAAAACAUAAUAUUUUUA